CCAUCCUCUUCCUCCGCAACCGCUUACCUCACUAACCACGUACGUAAGGUGCCCGCGCCUAUAUUACCACCACCCUUCGCCGCUUCACCUCUCAUUAAUCCACCAACACCACCGCUUGCUCCCCUUCAUAUCGUAGAUUGUUGUUGCAUUGCCCUGGAGGAGACGAGGUCAUUAGUCGAUUACCAGCUGCCGAUCUGUUGCGGAUUAAUUGGGCAGAAGGCAGUCGGUGAUCUCUUGAUUGAUUUGCGCACCAUGAAAUUCGGAAAGUGGCUCAAGCGGCAGAUCGAGCAGAGCCUCCCGGCGUGGAAGGACGAGUUUCUGAGCUACAACGAGCUCAAGCCCGUCAUCGGCGCCGUCUCGCCGGCCGAGUUCGUCGCCCGCCUCGACGUUGAGAUCGAGAAGAUCAACGCCUUCUUCAUCGAGCAGGAGGAGUUCUUCAUCAUCACACACAGGGAGCUGCAGGGGGCGAUCAGGAGCGCGCUGGAGAGGAAGCCGGCGGUGCCGGCGGCGGCGCACGAGGCGGAGAUCGCGGCGAUCCGGAGGGAGAUCGUUAACUUCCACGGCGAGAUGGUGCUGCUGCUCAACUACAGCAGCGUCAACUACAUCGGCCUGGCCAAGAUCCUCAAGAAGUAUGACAAGCGCACGGGCGCCGGGAUCCGGCUCGCCGUCAUCGAGACCGUGCUAGUGCAGCCCUUCUUCACGGCGGAGGCGGUGUCCCUGAUGGUGAGGGAGUGCGAGGCCAUGAUGGAGGCGGUGUUCCCCACGGCGCCCGGCGAGGGGCAGGCGGCGGCGCGGCGGGACCGCGAGGCCCUGGUCGCCGCGGAGCAGAGGAUCUUCCGCAACACCGUGUCGGCGCUCCUGGCCAUGCAGGACGUGCGCAGCGGCAGCUCCACGCGCGGCCGCCACUCGCUGCCGCCGCUCAACCUGCCUGACUCGGACUGGCUCCGCUCCUUCUAGCCGCCGGGCCCCCAUUCCCCGUCCAAUGCCCCCCGCCGGCCUCUUCUUGGUGGUCUCCCCAGCCACCACAGCCACAGCCCACAGAUAUGUAAUUGGUUAUCUGUAGUUUCUAACUUCUUUUUUGUCUCCUUUUCAUUUUACCACAUGCUGGUGUAAGAUGGUAACAAGAUGUGAGCAUACAAAUUCAUACUCCUGUGCAUUAUGCUCCUAAA